CGGAAACUCACCCAACAAGCUCAUGUGUUCAGCGUUCCACCCACAAACAACCACCCACCCACCCACACUUCACACAACCCGUCCUCCUCCUCCCUUUUUCUUCUCUCCCCCACUACAACUGGAGCUGAAGAUAGCUCCCUUUCUUCCCUCAGCAGCUGAGACUCCUGUUCUGUGCACAACCUGUUUGAUAAAAUGUCUCAGUGGGCUUGUGUCUCUGCUGCUAACUUGAGCUGCCAAGCUAGCAUCAUCAACACUCAAAAGCUACGAAACACUCCCAGAUGCGAUGCCUUUUCAUUUAAAGGUAGUGAGUUUAUGGCUCAAAGCUGUAGAUUUUUAAGCCCACAAGCUAUUUAUGGAAGGCCGAGGAAUGGUGCUUGCCCUUUGAAGGUGGUUUGCGUUGAUUAUCCAAGACCAGACCUUGACAAUACUGCUAAUUUCUUAGAAGCUGCAUAUUUCUCUUCCACUUUCCGAGCCUCUCCUCGUCCAGCUAAGCCGUUGAAGGUCGUGAUUGCUGGUGCAGGUUUGGCUGGUCUGGCAACUGCAAAAUAUUUGGCUGAUGCAGGUCAUAAACCUAUCUUACUGGAAGCAAGAGAUGUUCUAGGCGGAAAGGUGGCAGCAUGGAAAGAUAAGGAUGGAGACUGGUACGAAACAGGCCUACAUAUCUUCUUUGGGGCUUAUCCGAAUAUUCAGAACCUGUUUGGUGAGCUUGGUAUUGAUGAUCGAUUGCAGUGGAAGGAGCAUUCUAUGAUAUUUGCAAUGCCAAGCAAACCAGGAGAGUUCAGCCGGUUUGAUUUCCCUGAAGUUUUACCAGCACCCUUAAAUGGAAUAUGGGCCAUAUUGAAGAACAAUGAGAUGCUGACUUGGCCAGAGAAAAUCAAGUUUGCAAUUGGACUACUGCCAGCAAUUCUUGGUGGGCAGGCUUAUGUUGAAGCCCAAGAUGGCUUGAGUGUAAAAGAUUGGAUGAGGAAACAGGGCAUACCGGAUCGAGUGACUACUGAGGUGUUUAUUGCCAUGUCAAAGGCCCUGAACUUUAUUAACCCUGAUGAACUUUCAAUGCAGUGCAUAUUGAUUGCUUUGAACCGAUUCCUUCAGGAGAAACACGGUUCCAAGAUGGCUUUUUUGGAUGGUAGUCCCCCUGAGAGACUCUGUGCACCAAUUGUUGAUCAUAUCCAGUCAUUAGGCGGUGAAGUCCGAAUUAAUUCCCGCAUACAGAGAAUUGAGCUAAAUAAAGAUGGGACCGUGAAGAGUUUUGUACUAAAUAAUGGGAGCAUGAUUGAAGCAGAUGCCUAUGUAUUCGCCACUCCAGUUGAUAUCCUAAAGCUUCUAUUGCCUGAUAACUGGAAAGAGAUCCCAUAUUUCAAGAAAUUGGAGAAACUGGUUGGCGUUCCAGUUAUCAAUGUUCACAUAUGGUUUGACAGAAAGCUGAAGAACACAUAUGAUCAUCUACUUUUUAGCAGAAGUCCUCUUUUAAGUGUCUAUGCCGACAUGUCCGUAACAUGUAAGGAAUAUUACAAUCCAAACCAGUCUAUGCUGGAGUUGGUUUUUGCACCAGCAGAAGAAUGGAUAUCAUGCAGUGAUUCAGAAAUUAUUGAUGCUACACUCAAAGAACUUGCAAAACUCUUUCCUGAUGAGAUAGCUGCAGAUCAAAGCAAAGCAAAGAUUUUGAAGUACCAUGUUGUGAAAACACCAAGGUCGGUUUACAAAACUGUACCAGGUUGUGAACCUUGCCGUCCCUUGCAAAGAUCUCCCCUAGAGGGUUUCUAUUUAGCUGGUGAUUACACAAAACAAAAGUAUUUAGCCUCAAUGGAAGGUGCUGUUCUGUCAGGGAAACUUUGUGCACAAGCAAUUGUACAGGAUUACGAAUUGCUUGUUGCUCGGGGACAAACAAGGGUGGCUGAGGCAAGCGUUCGGUGACGAAAAACCUUGAAGUAGAGGCAAGCUGUGCAGUUUUUUCUGGAUGAUAAUUUAAAAAUGGGUUAGUGCUUGUAAACGAUUGGAUUACAACAAUUUAGGCACCAAUCAUCCCCUUAAGGCAAUGUAUGUGGAGACAAUUCUUUGAGCACUUUGGUGGUGCAUCUCUUAAAAAAUGGUGUUAUUCUUUGUACCCUAUCAUUGAGCGUGUACGUGUAUAUAAUCUGAUCAGAGCGUUUAUCUAUGGUCAUUCCAGCCAUUAAAUUUGGCAAAAGGAAAGAGGUAAAUCCAUCCUAGAACCAAAUGAAUAUGUAUUUUUGUUUUCCAAAUGUUACUCUACAAUUUAAGAAUUAUAUUAUACUUGAUUGCUCGGGAUUAACAGAAAA